AUUGUUGAGUGUGGUUAGUUACUUGUGCAAUGUUCAGUGUAACACCUUGAUUGAAGCUAAAGGUAUCAAUCUAGCUUGGGAUUUUAGGUGUGAUGGCUGCAAAGCGGAUCUUGAAGGAGUUCAAGGAUCUCCAAAAAGGUCCUCCUGACUUUUGCAGUUUAGCUCCUGAUAAUGAAGACAUGUUUAUUUGGCGAGCAACUAUGCCGGGUCCUCGGGACAGUCCAUAUGAAGGUGGAAAGUUUGAAUUCAUCAUUCAUUUCCCUCCGGACUAUCCAUAUAAACCACCCAAGGUUGCUUUCAGGAACAAGAUCUUUCACCCUAAUAUUAACAGGAAUGGUAGCAUUGGCAUUGAUAUUUUGAAGGAUAAGUGGAGCCCCGCCCUCACCAUAUCCAAGGUGCUGCUGUCAAUCUACUCAAUCUUAGGGGCUCCAAUGCUCAAUGACCCAUUGGAGGAGAACAUUGCCAACAUGUACAAGACAGAUAGGAGCCAAUACGAGACAGUUGCUCGGAACUGGACGCAGAAGUAUGCUAUGGGUCCUGCUUAUGAAACAAUCUCGAAGGAGCUUAAGGGUCUCGAGAGAUGUCCUCCUAGCUAUGGCAGCGCAGGUCCUGUUGAUGGAGACAUGUUUCAUUGGCACGCAGCUAUUUUGGAUCUUCGAAACAGUCCAUAUGAUGGUGGACUGUUUAAAGUUGACAUUCAAUUCCCUCUCCAAUAUCCACUUGAACCACCCAAGGUUGUGUUCAGGACAAAGAUCUUUCAUCCUAAUAUUGAUACGAAUGGUAGCAUUGGCCUUGAUAUUUUGAAGGAUCGGUGGAGCGCCAACCUCACCAUUUCCCAGGUUUUGCACUCAAUUUGCUCACUCUUAAAGAAUCCAAAUCCCGAUGCCCCAUUGGUGUCGGAGACUGCCAACAUGUACAAGACCGAUCGGAGCAAGUACGAUACAACUGCACGGAGCUGGACCCAGAAGUAUGCUAUGGGUUAAUGUGCUGCUACGCAUGCAAUAGGAGGGCUUCAUUCUAUCUGGCUUUUAUCUUCAAAUUAUUGUAUUAAUAAACGAAACAAUUUUGUCAUCUGAAUGGACAAUGACUAUGUUGAAAAUAA